CUUCUCUGGAUGCUCCAGCAACCAUGAGCCGCCAAUUCAGCUCUCGGUCUGCAUUUAGCUCAAGGAGCAGGCGGGUUUGUAGCGCUAGCUCCUCUGCAGGCUCUGGUGGCGGGAGUCGGAUUGUGGGGUCUGUGUGUCAGGCCCGAGGGAGGUGUGGCGGUGGUGGAUAUGGGAGCCAUGGAAGGGCGUUUGGUUCUAGGAGCCUCUACAAUCUGGGUGGCAGUAAGAGCAUCUCCAUUAGCCUAGUGGGGAGAAGUUCCAGUGGUUUCCAACAGGGAAGAGGGGCAGGAGGAGGAUUUGGAGGGGGUAGAGGCUUUGGGGGUGGCAGCUUUGGGGGUGGUGCCUAUGGAGGAGGCAGCUUUGGGGGUUCUGGAUUUGGGGCUAGCAACUUUGGGCUUGGGGGCUUUGGUCCUUCUUGUCCUAUGGGAGGCAUCCAAGAGGUGACUAUCAAUGAGAGCCUGCUGGAGCCACUUCACCUGGAGGUGGACCCUGAAAUCCAGAGGAUCAAGGCCCAGGAGCGAGAGCAGAUCAUGGUUCUCAACAACAAGUUUGCCUCCUUCAUUGACAAGGUGCGAUUCCUGGAGCAGCAGAAUCAGGUGCUACAGACGAAAUGGGAGCUGCUGCAGCAGGUGAACACCUCAACUCGGUCCAACAACCUGGAGCCCAUCUUGGAGAAUUACAUCAGCGAGCUUCAGAGGCAGGUGGAUUUUCUCAACGCGGAGCAGAUGCGCCAGAACACGGAGGUCAGGAGCAUGCAGGAUGUCGUGGAAGACUACAAGAACAAGUACGAGGAUGAAAUCAACAAGAGGACAAGCAGUGAGAAUGACUUUGUCGUUCUGAAGAAGGACGUGGAUGCUGCUUACAUGAGCAAAGUGGACCUGCAGUCCAGGAUGGACACCCUGGCUGGGGAGAUCGACUUCCUGAAAUAUUUAUACAUGACAGAGCUGUCCCAGAUGCAGACCCACAUCAGCGACACCAACGUCAUCCUGUCCAUGGACAACAACCGCUUUCUGGACCUGGACAGCAUCAUCGACGCGGUGCGCAGCCAGUACGAGCUGAUUGCGCAGAAGAGCAAGGACGAGGCGGAGGCGCUGUACCAGACCAAGUACCAGGAACUGCAGAUCACGGCAGGGAGACAUGGAGACGACCUGAAGAACAGUAAGAUGGAGAUUGCUGAGCUCAACCGCCAAAUCCAGAGGCUGCAGGCAGAGAUUGGCAACGUGAAGAAGCAGAACGACCAGAUGCGCUCGGCCAUUUCGGAUGCAGAGGAGCGAGGAGAGCGGGCCCUCCAGGACGCGCGGCAGAAGCUGCAGGACAUGGAGGACGCCCUGCAGCAGUCCAAGGAGGAGCUGGCCCGGCUGCUGCGCGACUACCAGGCAAUGCUGGGAGCCAAGCUGUCCCUGGACGUGGAGAUCGCCACCUACCGCAAGCUGCUGGAGGGCGAGGAGUGCAGGAUGUCAGGAGAGCUGCAGAACCACGUGAGCAUCUGUAAGUAGCAGAGGCCAGGGACUGGGGCUGGUUGGUGCUGGGCAGAGAGAGG